UUAAUACACAGAACGAGUUUGCUAUGUUUACAAGCCGCUGAUUGAAUAGGAAUGACUAUCAUGCGGCUCGCCUUCUAUUCGCGAUUGUCCACUAAAGCGUCGUCUGCAGUCAAUAGCCAAGCAGACGAUAAUGCACACGCUCUCGAGGGAAGCAUUAGCAGACGACUUCCGGAAAAGUCCAUAGAGAUGUCUAAGCGCCAGUAGACUGUAUCAAAGGUGUAUAUGACAGAGCAUGUGGAACACACGACAGAGUACACGAAGAGUAUACGUGCCGAGUGACUGGAAGUUUAUACCAUGAAGCUAUUUCAACCCGGUUGAAAAUUCUGUUUCUACCAUACCUGAGAUCGUUUGAAGACAAUGUAAGUUUUAUGAAUAAGGUUGCAUCGACCUUGGGGGAUGUUAGUCUGUUGAUAGAGAUGUGUCAUCUGGAUAUUUGAACAAAAGUCGGUAUUCGUCAUAAUGAGAUAAAUGAACAUUUGUUAUUGAACCUUUCGGGUAUUGUUCUCAGAGAACCGAUGCCCUACUGUAGUUGACUGUAGAACACACCAAACCAUUACAUUAUAUCAAGGUAUUGUGUUGGAAAUACCUUCUGUAACAAAAGAUGGGAGCCAACGGCUUUUGCUGUGAAUGUGAAUAUUUCAUGUGUCCACAAUGACAACGUCUAUUAUAUACAUGCAAAUGACCCUUUCCUUGGCGUCCGGUGGAAUAUAUAUCUACGAGACACAAUAGGUCUUAGAACGUCAAUGAGCUCUAUUCCACAGGGAGUAUUCAAAUAAGACCGUCUUCCUUUGACAUGAUGAUACAGCGCUCACAACUAUCACGUUACAGUGUUGUGGUCUGGAACUCAGGUAUGUGAGUACUGGGCAAGAAGGAUACUGUGUGUUGUUGUAGAUAUAUCUGAUCUAUGAAAGACACUGUGAGAAGUAUUAAGGAGUGAAAACCACAUUUGUUGCCAAUAGUUCGUCCAGGAUACCUAGCCAUUGAUCCCGAACAAGCGUGAGUGACGUUUACCUUAAGGUUUUAGUUACCGUCAACACAUAAUAUCAACGCAUUCGAUUUUAUUCUGGUACUGUUAAACGACGAGAUUUAAAACAGUGCUAAAAAGUGACAAAGUAAGAGAAACAAUCACUCUGGAGUUGGAUCCGACGUAGUUGUGACGAUGGAGCCUGGGACGAGACGUCUUGUCAUCCUGGUUACAAUAAACGUGUUUUACCUAUGUAUGGGAGGUGUCAUCUUCUCCCACCUGGAGGCGGAACCAGAGAGGGCCAGAAUGGGCAAGUUACAAAGUCAUAUUGAAGAAUUCAUGGGGAAUUACUCGUGCGUGUCACGUGACGUAUUGCAUGCGCUGCUGAAACAUGCAAGUCAGGACAAGGAGCUUGUGUCUUACGCCGUGGAGAACCGAACAAACCUGGACAGAUGGGACUUCGGGGGAGCUUUCGGCUUUGCUGUGUCUGUAGUAACGACAAUAGGUUUCGGCAACAUGUCCCCCAGCACCAUCAUCGGGAAGAUAGUGUGUGUAGUUUACGCUAUUGUCGGGAUCCCGGUCACGAUGCUGAUGUUGAGUGGUCUUGGUCAACAACUAGCAGCACUGUCCAACAAGGUGAACCAGCUGAAGCUCUGCUCAAAGAAGCCUUUGGUGAACAAAGUCCUCAACAUGGUGCUCAUCAUUGUGCUGGGACUGGCGCUCAUGUUCGGGAUACCGUCCUUUGUGUUUUCUAUUGUGGAGGGAUGGGACAUCAUGGAAGCUCUCUACUUCUGUUUCACCACGCUCAGUACUAUAGGAUUUGGAGACUAUAUUAUCGGUAUUCACGAGAAGAAGAUAUCGGCCGGUCCGGCACGUGAUGCGUAUGAAAUUGUGGCGUAUGUUUGGAUCCUCCUUGGAUUGUCCUAUCUGUCCCUCGUCAUCAAGUACAUCACAGACGUGCUCGUCCAGAACGCUUCCAAAGUAGAAAGGAAGACACUAAAGAGAUUUGAACUUGAGAUUGGUCGCUUGGACGAACUUAAGAAUGGUGUGGUACCAAAUCUGAGAAAAAACAAACUCUCCACGUCAGAAAGUUCGAACAACGUGAGUACUGCGAACGACAAGAAUGUCCAGCUUGUCAGUAUAAACCAUUUGUAAUGUCCGUCUACUUCACUGGUCGUUCAGUGUUUGUAACACCACUACCGCCGCAUUCGCCAUUAGAGGGUAGACGUCCUUGACCUGUUACAUCCCUGUGAAACGUUUAGGACAUCACGUCAGCGUUUGAAGUGAUCGGAACACCAACUUGAGACGUCUUUGACUUACAUGACAUCUUUAUCAAACAUUUAUAAAAUCAUACCAGCGUUUGAUUGAUCGGGACAACAACUUGAGACGCCCUUGUUUCAUGUAACAUCUAUAUCAUACAUUUUAACAUCGCUCAAGCGUGUGAAGUGAUGAGGACAAUAACUUCAGACGUUCUUGUGUCACAGGGCAAAUGUAUGAAACAUUUAUGACACCGCGCGAGCGUUAGAUGUGAUCGGAAAAUACAAGAACUCCUUGAAAGUGAUUUCAUUUGGAUUCUUAUGAUGCAUCAAAGUCUGCAAACCAGAGUGUUUUGAUGAUCGGAACUACUUCACUCGUUAUUGUGUCACACAGACACACGAACGCACGCACGCGCGCGCCAAUAUCCGAGAUGGAAGAGCCAGCCGUCUCCAGUGACCUGUCACCAUAUGUUUUUGUCCUACUCACGGGUAUUGUCAAAAUCCAAUGGGAUCCGAUGAUGCAUCGAAGACUGCAAACCAGGAGUUUUGCUGAUCGCAACAACUUCACUCGUCAUUCUGUCAUAUAUAUUUAGUAUUUACAGGAUGGUGCCAAUGCCAUACGUUGACCGGAACAACAACAACAACAGCAACAACAACAUCAACAACAACAGUAACAUUUAGCAUUCUAUUAUUCAAUUUGAAAUAUUAAAAUGACAAACGUAUAUGACCUAAUGUUCAAGGUCAUACGAAUGAAAACACAUAACCUAAACCAACUUUUUACCGAUUUGAACAACAAUAUCAACAACAGUAAAUGGCCUUGUGUUGAAAGACAUGUUUCGAACAGUUAUGUCAACCAACGUUUAGGGUGAUCAAAACCAAGGGAGGUAAUAUUGGGACG